AUGGCGUCUAAACACAUUCGCAUCAUUGAAGAACCCAGAAUGUUUUACGAGAGUUUGCUGAGAAUGGUGCGAAACGCCAAGAGAAGAAUCCUCAUUUCUUCGUUGUACAUUGGCACCGAGAAUCAGGAACUAUUUCAAGCCCUCGGUGACGCUUUAAGGAAUAAUCCUAGACUUCAAGUGCAGAUGCAAUUAGACUUGAAUCGUUCAACACGACUUGGUCAUGGAACUCCAUCACCUUCUACCGCUCAUUCUCUUUUGCCCCUUCUUUCCGAAUUUCCCGGUCGGGUCAAAAUUCACAUGUUUCGGUCUCCAAAACUCAAAGGCUUGAUGGCGAAAUUAGUUCCACCCCGUUUCAAUGAAGGGUGGGGUACUUGGCAUGCAAAGAUUUAUGGUGUUGAUGAUGAUGUUAUCAUGACUGGAGCAAACGCCAACUUGUCAUACUUUCACAAUCGACAAGACCGAUACAUUCAAAUAAUCGACCAACCACAACUUGUCGUCUACUUCACGUCCUUUAUAGACUCUUUCGCUAGAUUCUCUUACCAACUUGUCCCAGCAUCUUCACCCCAAGUAUCACUUUCACCUCACUCACAAACAUCUCCCGAUGGCUCAUACGCGUUGUCUUGGCCUCACCAAUCUCACCCGACAGCAUUCGAAUCUCAGGCCGGUGACACUCUAAGAACUCUUCGAAAACAGUUCGAACCCGCUAGCUCAAACAUCACAGAUCCGAAUGAAGACUUGGAUACCGUUUUCUACCCACUAGUCCAGUCGGGUAUUAUGGGUAUACGUGAGGAGGAAGAAGCUCUUGAAGCUUUGUUCAAGCACUUGAUCAAAGACCAUCGCGGGUCACAAGUUGACCUCACCAGCGGCUAUUUUGCAUUGUACAAGCCCUAUCAGGACCAUACAUUGAAGGACGGGGUAGAUUGGCGUAUCUUGCUGCAGGCAAAUGGGUUUUACGGCUCGAAAGGAUUAUCGGGUCGAAUACCGGAUGGGUAUACACUUUUGGAGCAGCGUUUCUGGGCUAGGGUUAUUAGAGCUCGGAGAGAGAGCAACGGAUAUCAUGGGGUUGAGCUGAGUGAAUGGGAGAAGAAUGGGUGGACCUAUCAUGCCAAGGGAAUUUGGAUCACGCCUCCAGACUUUUAUCACCCUACUAUAACGUUGUUCGGUUCUACCAAUCUCAACUCUCGUUCGGCAAACUUGGACACUGAGCUCUCAUUUCUUCUCCACACUCGUUCGUCGACGCUGCAACAACGCUUAGAUGAAGAAGUAAGAUGGUUGUGGAAAGAUAGUCGUACAGUGGGUGCGAAGGAAUGGAUUGAGGAUAGAAGGAGAGUCCCAUUUGGAACAAGACUCUUGGUGGACUUUAUUGUUGGGUCUAUGCUCUAA